UUCUGGGAAUGCCAUUGUUGUAGCUGGGGUUUUCAAAAUUUCUUAGUUUUGGGGGGAAAAAAAUUGCUUUUUGAUACUAUCAAAUGUGGAUUAGAUAGUUAGGUUACUUUUUAAAUUCGGGUUUGUUUGGUUUCUGAGAAAUUGGAUGAAACUUUCUUGUAUGUAAUGCGACUGUUUCAAUGGGGAAAAAAAAAAUUUCGCCUUUUAAGCUAUUAAGUGAUGGCUGUUAUUUUGGUUUCACAUGUUUGAUUGUUAUUAUUAUUUUUUUCUUGAUACUGGGAUUAGGUUAAACCAUUUGCUUGUGAUUUUGGUUGGGAUCAAGGUUUUAUGGAUGCAUAUAAUUCUAUUAUUCCUAAUUCCGGUCAAGACCUAGAGCAUAGCAGAUUGUUACAUUAGUUUGCAAAUUUCGCAUUAGUUUUGUGUUACUCAUUACUGCAGCUUUCCUGAACUCAAAGCCUCAUAGUCAUAGUGAAAGCCUUUUGCAAAUUUCGCAUUAGUUUUGUGUUACUUAUUACUGGAGCUUUCCUGAACUCAAAGCCUCAUAGUCAUAGUGAAAGCCUUAGGGUUUCUAACUUGGUAUGAAUGAUCUCUCGUCUUGCUUCUCUCUGUCUCUGUCUCUGUCUCUAUCUAUAUUUCUUUAAGUUUGUAGAAGAUGAAAUUGAUUGCUAUUAAUAUGUUGGUGAUUAAACAAGAGGAAGUGAGGGAGUUGGAUUUGAAGUGGUCAGUGCAAUUUCACCACUAGUUGUAACCAAUAGGAUUUUUGUUUCUAAAAUCUUCCUGUAGCCAGUUGGAAGCAGUAGUAGUUUUCCCUAUGAAGAAGUUCCAGUGAUAAAUAUAUAACUAAUUACUCAUUAGGAAAAUGGAAAACAUAGUUGUGCUUGUGGAUUUUUCAGGCAGACAUACAGUCAUUUAGUAAUAUUGUAUAAUUCGUAUUGUUGUUUUCAUGCUUUCCUUUGUAUGUGUUUUUGUUACCAGAUAAAAUACCUGGUGUCACAGAUAAGUGAGAGACUGAGCAACGGCAAUACCAUUAAACCUUAAGCUAUUUUUCAAAAUUUGAGAGUGUGCAAUCUCUGUAGAAAGUGUAGGAUUACCUUACACUGCAUAUGUAACCAUAUCAUCAGUAUCUCAUCCCUAGCUGUGAUCAAUAGCGUCUUGCUCAAAUCUUCCAGUAGUCAGUUGAGAUUGAUCGAAAUUUUCCAUAUGAAGAUUUGCUCAUUAGGAAAAUGGAAAAUGAGUUGCGGAUUUUUUUGACACACUUAUCUACCCAUUUGAUAAUACUGUUUUGUUGUCUUCUUGCUUUUUGUUGUGUGCAUUUUUAUCACUGGACAAACGUGUGACGUAACACACGAGUGAGACACCUUUUAUUUUGUCCUUCUAAGUGUUAGUCUUUGAAUAGACUCGAAAAUUCAAAAUUUCAUUGUAGGAUUUUACUUGUUAUGAGUGUUUUUAGAAAGUAGAGGAUCACCAUUUUUUAAGGGAAUUUUCCUGAUAGGCAGCCAAAAUAGCCUUAAAAAAAUUUAUAGACAUUCAGGUAAUAGCAGUUUCAUUACUAUAUAGUUAAAAUCGGAUAGCAGGAGCAUUCCAUGUAUCUUUGAAUGGGUACAAAUAUUUACCAAAACGUCAUUGAGUUAUUUGUAUCGAUAACAUAACAUUUGUUACGGUGACCAUCAAAUGUGUGCCAUCUCUUUUUUUAAGUUCAUUUACUUUUGUUGUGAAACCACCCCUAAAGGGUAACCACAUCAUUGGUAUGUUAUCACUUGUGGCUGAUAGCAUUUCUGUUGCCAAAAUCUUUCAUUAAGUUAUUUGGUUUAUAUUCGUACUUGGAACUCUUACCAUGGCCUUUUAAUGACCGAUAGCCAGUCGUUUGGAUGGAAUUCAAUGACCUUCUAAGUAUUUUAUUAAAUUCUUUCCACCAUUGAAUAUGGUGCCACCUGCAUUAGAAGGAUAUUCAAAAUAAGACAAAUGAAAUAAAGGAGUAAUUAUAAAAAUCUCUGUUUUUUGGUCUCAAAAUUUAACGUAAGUGAUCACAAUACAUUGAUUUUCAGGCACAGAGAACUCUGAUGGAGCAUUCAAAGCCAAAUGUCGAAACCUCUGAUCUCUCUCUUAAUGCCUCGGAUUCUCAGUUUCUGGAUCAUUCAUAUUCGCUCGCGUUCCCUUCUGGUUUGUCUUUCUUUUCUCCAAACGGUUACUGUUUUCCCACCAACCAAAUAAAAACUAUUGAAUUCUUAUCCAACUUCAUUAUUUUUUAUCUUCUUUUCUGGGUUCUGCCAGAGCCUCCUGAGCUUAGAAUCUGGUUUUCAAGCUAUGAGUAUGAAUCACCUGCGUUGGGAUCCAUUAAUAAUUUUGGGGAACCUGUUUUGGAAGAAAGUGAAAUUGAAAAAGAUAAAUCUGUUAAGAAUGAGGGUGCAAGAGAAGAAGAAGAAAAUUUAGAUGGGUUUAGAGAAAUAGGAAAGAGAGAAAAAGUGCUUGUUGGUGAGAAGCUCAACUCGAAUAGGUUUAUAGAAUGCAGCAGUUCAUUUGAUGAUGAUGAGGGUGAAAACCAGUCUUCGGAUAAGGAUAAAGAUUGUUCAUAUUCACCUUUGCCUCUUUCUGAGCCUACUGACAUCAGAAACUGGUUUUCAAGCUAUGUGUAUGAAUCUCCUGCCUUGGAUACAAAUGAUGGUUUAAUGGAUUCUGUUUAUCUACAAAGUAAAUCUAAGAAAGAUGAGUUGGUUGUUGAGGAGAGCAACAAAGAUAAAUCAGAAAAAUUUUGGGAGUUUAAGGGAAGUGGAAUUAGUGAUGAAAAGGUUGUUGGUGAGUCAGGACUUCAAAGCUGUGAUGACUUUCGGGGGUAUAGUAAGCAGAAAAAACUGCCUUCAAUGAAGGCUGGUUCAAGGUUUGGAGUGGAGACUGAGAAUCUGUUUGAUCAGAGUGGAAUUCAUAUUGAAAGUAUGUUCAAACAAAGCUCCAAGCAUAAAGUACCACAAAACCAAGGUACUGAUUCAGCUAAUAAUAUUACAAUACCAAGUUUGGGUGAGGAAGGUUCCAACUCCAUGCCUAAUCCUUUCCAUGAAAUUGGCUCUAUGCCAUUGAACAUCCAAAAUUCAUGUAGUAAAGCUUCAAAAGAGUUGUCAAAUAGAAUAAAAUCCAUACAGGAGAACUCACAAUUGAAUUGCCAAACUAAAGCAGCUAGUUGUCUAUCACGUGGGAGUGGUUCGAAGUCUGUUCUAGAUAAUGGAGCAUCGGUGAGAAAAUUUACUCAUGGAUGUAAUGGUAAAGAAAACACUGGAAAAGAAAUCUCAAAAGAUGGUUUUGUUUCAACAAGGAAGGGAAGAUAUAGCAGUUCAAAUGACGAAAACUGUCUGAAAGUAUCAAAAGAGAAUGGUGAUGGGACGACGAUGCCAUUAGCAGGUGAUAAGCAUCCACAUGUAAAAAGAAAGGCCCUAUCAGAAAGAACGAAUUUGCAACCAUCUAGUGGAGUGGAGACCAUUGGGAAAUGGAAGUGUCCUCAGAGAAAUAAGCCAAUCCUUGGACCUCCAUUGAAGCAGCUUCGACUAGAGAGAUGGGUUCACAGGGUGUGAAACUUGCUUUGCUUCAGUAUUCCAUCUUUGCUGCUUGAAGAAAUUGGCUCUGCAGCAGAGGAUUCUUGUAUUGGACUGUUUAAGUCAUCAGUGUGUAUAUAUAGAAAAUAUUUGACCUAUCUAAAUUGGACUUUUUGUCAGAAAAGGGCAUUGAAGACUUUGUCUAUUGUCUUCAUUAUAUAUACAUUAGUGUUUAGAAUCUGAUGAAUGCAGGAAGUUUUGCUUGAAAUUAUAGAUGGUAGAGUGUUAUAUUGAGGAUGUACAUCUGAAACUCAAUUCAGUAUAAAAGCUUUAAACCUCUAAUUUUACUUUCAUCAAAUCAGAGCAUUUUUGACCCUUUCUUUUUUUUUUUUUUUGGUUUUGGGUUAUUUUUCUAACCAGUAACCACUUAAAUCAUGUCCUUUAGGAACAAUCUUAUGACUUUUGGUGUUUAACUCCAUGAUCUGGUUUUUAUUGAAAGUUCUGCGGCUAAAAAGUACCCUUGGAUUAUUUAAAAUUGUAUCCUACAUCAGAUAAGUUUAAUUUAUUAUUCAAACAAGGCCCAAAAAAAUAAAAAUAAAUAAAUAAAUAAAAAAUAAAAAAAUAAAAAGAAUGAGGUCAAAAAACAAAACAAGUCAAUUAACAGUCCGAGCCUAUUUUAGUAAAUUACAUACCAAAACUGUUUUUCAUUUUGGUCUUGGUUGGCGAAACACGGUCAAAACCAGAGUCCAUCAUCAAAGCAAAGCACUUAAAGAAAUGGCGGGAACAGUCUCAACUCCCAAAAGCUACUGCUUAGGCCAAGCUCCUUCCUCUUUGUAAAUGCUAACCAUCUUCAAUUUCGGUACAACCUUCUGUAAUCCUAUAUUAUCUCCACCCUCAAUUCCCCUCCUUCCCAAAAUCCCCAAAUCCAUAACCCUAUUCUCCAAUCGUUUCGCUUGUUUCUGCUUUCAAAAACCACCAAUGCCUCGCUUCUCUUCUUCUUCUACUACCAAAAUCGUUGCCGAGUACGCGAAGUCGAACCGUUCGACUUGCAAGAAGUGCUCCAAGGCAAUUGAUUCAAAGGCUCUGAGGUUGGGUCUCGUCAGUAGAGACGCUCGGGGGUUCGAUAUGACGAAAUGGUAUCACUUGGCUUGCUUUUCUUUCGGCUCGGAGUCG